AUGAAGGCCAUAAUUCAGCGGGUCCUCUCAGCAUCUGUCACCGUCGACAAGGAGGUGGUGUCGUCCAUCGGCAAAGGGAUCCUGGUAUUUGCCGCGGUGGGCCCCAAUGACACCGAGAAGGAGAUGAACGCCAUUGCGGCCAAAGUUACAAAAAUGAGGUUAUGGGACGACGAGAAUGGCGCCACGUGGAAGCAAUCCGUCAAAGACAUAGGAGGCGAGAUCCUGUGCGUGUCACAAUUCACACUCCUCGCGCGCACAAAGAAGGGUACCAAGCCUGAUUUUCAUGGGGCCGCCAAUCCGGAAGACGCGAAGCGGUUAUACGACCACUUUGUCGGCGCUGUGAGGAAGGAAUACGAGUCCGACCGGGUCAAAGACGGAGUGUUCCAGGCAAUGAUGGAGGUCGCCUUGGUGAAUGAUGGUCCGGUCACGCUAGAGCUGCAAUCCGGCGAGAAAAUAGAAUAA